AGUGUAAUCCCCAGAUGGUGUUUUAGCUUUUAGUUUAGUGGUUCACAAGAGAACAAGUCGGCACCCAUCCUUUCCCACCGGCGACUUGCCCCCACCAAUCCACUAGUGCUACAUGCCUACACCUCCAUGCAAUCCAUCCAUCUCCAUCCUCCUUGGCUCCUUCGCAUCGCUGGGCCUUAGCAUACUGUCAGGCUACCAGCAAGCGAAGUAGCCAGCCAUGCUCGGCCUCCGCGGCCUCCCCGCCGCGCCACCGGCCGCCGCAGCACCGCCGAAGGGGCGAUGCAGCGCCGCCGCCCCGCCACCAGCGAUGACAGGCCGGCUGUCGCUGGCUGUCCCGGCGGCUGUCUCGCUCUCGCUCGUCCUCUGGUCCAGUCCAGUGAACGCCGGCAUCCUGUCCGGCUUCUCGGGGCUGGAGUCGACUCCAGGCCCCGACCUCCCCCGGCUCGAGUUCCUGGAGAAAUGGAAUGCGGAGAACCAGAAGAAGUACGCCGAGUUCGAUAACAGGUUCAAGAAGUCCAAGGUGCUGCAGGACCUGCUCGAGAAGUCCAAGAAGAACAAAGAGAAGAAUGAGAGGAUGAUCCAGGACAAGUACUGCCUGCGGGGCGCCGAGUGGGGCGUCGGGGACUGCUCCACGGAGGGCAUGACCGACCAGGAGAGGGAGGACUUCAUUUCGGAGCUCAAGAAGAGAACCGGAGCAGAAUAGCUAGCUGAGCACAUCAUUCAGUUUCAGCAGGGGAAAUACCCUUACCAGGGGAAAUACGCAAACAAUCUAGACCAGCCCUAAGGCCACUAGGAGUGCGAGAAUGUUCACCAAAAUAAUGGGAGCUCCGAAUUUGCAAAACAUAUGUACCCAUUGUAAAAUGCACUUGGCACCAGUAAAUUACCAUCUACUCUAAUUCUCAAGAGCCCCAAA